AUUAUGUAAUCACUAAUCAGCGAUCUAAAUCUGUUUAUAAUUCGCCGGACGACUGUAUGUAAAUAAAAGUCGUCACCGAUCAUUUUGACCAAUCUUCCAUAAAAUCCCCAAAACCCUCUCACCAAACAAAAAAAAAGCCUUAGUUGUCAAAACCCAAUGUCCAUCUUUCUUCUCUUCAUCAGCUUCGUUGUCUUCUCUGUCGCUGACCUCCCGUCGUGCUUCUCCGUCGACCAACAGUACGAGAAGUGUCGCUCAGGUCUGACAUGUGGAUCUGGACAUCAGGUGUUCGAGAAUUACACCACGUACCCGUUCUGGGGAUCCCAGAAACCCAAAUUCUGCGGCCAAUCACCAUUCGAACUCUCCUGCGACGGUAAUCAAAACCUAACUCUAGCGAUCGGGGAUCUCACACUUCGCGUUGUUUCUGCUAAUCUGGAGGAUCAGACUAUUUCCGCCGCCGAUGAUAGCUUGUUAAACGGAGGUUGCCCAGAGAUUUGGAACUUCACCGGGGAGAAUCAGUUCACAUUAGACUCCAAUACCGAGAAGAUCGAUCUAUUCAUUUGCUCCUCUAAUCCCGGGAAAGCUUCGUUGUCAAAUUUUACUUGCGAAGGAAGCCAGGAGACUUCGACAACAUACCAUGUCUUUGUAUCACCGGAUUUUGGCCGAAACUGUACAAAAUUUGGAGACGUUCCGAUGCUCAGGUCUGUUAAGGACCAUCUUCACAUUCGGGGGUCAAAUCUAACAUUGGAGAACGCUUUGAGAAAAGGAUUCGGUUUGAGUUACCGAUUAAAAGAUACAUCUUGCCGGCAAUGCUCCGACUCCCGGGGAAUUUGUGGUUCCGACUCAGGUUCCGAGAGUUUCCGAUGUCUAUGUGAGGACAAACCUCACAUCUCCUCCUGCGACGAUGAAGAUGGCAUUAACCCUACCCAAGCAACUCAAACCCUCUCUCUUGAUCCAAAGUUCAAGGCUUGUGAGCCGAAAUCAUGUGGCAAAGGUCCCGAGAUCUCUUAUCCAUUCUAUUUAUCUGGAAAGCAAGAAUCUUUUUGUGGUUAUCCGAGUUUUGAACUCGCUUGUGAUGAUAAACAAAAGCUCCCUGUUCUCGGGAUCUCCGGUGAGGAAUACGUCAUCAAGAACAUAUCUUACUUGGCACAGUCAUUUCAGGUCGUGAACUCAAAGGCGUUACAUGAUGAUCCAUGUCCCAGCCCUCUGCACAAUCUUACCCUGCAUAGGACUCCUUUCUUUGUGAACCCUUCUCAUAUCAACUUCUCCAUACUUUACAAUUGCUCCGAUCACCUGCUGGAGGAUUUUAGGACAUACCCUCUUACUUGUCCUGGCAACACGAGUCGAUCUUUUGGGAUCUUUGACAGGAAGAAACUUGAAAAAGAGAAAAAAAUUGCAUCCAUGUCGUGCCAGAAACUAGUCGAUGUUCCUGUUUUAGCUAGUGACGAGUCUGAUGUGAUGGGUAUGACUUAUGUUGAGAUAUUGAAGAGGGGUUUUGUUCUGAAUUGGACUGCAAACAGUUGCUUCCGCUGCAUCACCAGCGGCGGGAGAUGUGGAACUGAUCAACAAGAAUUUGUUUGCUUGUGUCCUGAUGGACCUAAGAUUCAUGAUACUUGCACGAAUGGCAAAAAUGGUAAAAGAAGAAGAGUGAUGGUGAAAAUUCUCAUAGGUGCUUCCGCUGCCGUCGCGGGAUUAAUAGCUGCGAGCAUCUUUUGGUAUGUGUAUCAUCGUAGAAAAACAAAAAGUUACAGAACUUCUUCAGCAUUGCUUCCAAGAAACAUCUCAUCAGAUCCAUCUUCAAAGUCUUUUGACGUUGAGAAAGCAGAGGAACUAUUAGUCGGAGUUCAUCUUUUCUCUUACGAAGAGCUUGAAGAAGCCACUAAUAACUUCGACCCAUCUAAAGAACUCGGUGAUGGAGGCUUUGGUACUGUUUAUUACGGCAAGCUUAAAGAUGGAAGAAGCGUAGCUGUGAAAAGGUUAUACGAUAACAACUUCAAAAGAGCAGAGCAAUUCAGGAACGAAGUUGAGAUCUUAACUGGUUUACGCCAUCCAAACCUCGUGGCUCUCUUUGGAUGCUCUUCAAAACAGAGCCGGGACUUACUGCUAGUGUAUGAGUAUGUUGCAAACGGCACGUUAGCUGAUCAUCUACAUGGUCCACAGGCUAACCCGAGCUCACUUCCUUGGUCUAUUCGGCUCAAGAUCGCUGUUGAAACUGCAUCUGCGUUGAAGUAUCUCCACGCCUCCAAAAUCAUCCACCGUGAUGUUAAAUCCAACAACAUCCUUCUCGACCAAAACUUCAAUGUCAAGGUUGCGGAUUUUGGACUCUCUAGACUGUUUCCUAUGGAUAGAACGCAUGUAUCAACCGCUCCACAAGGAACCCCAGGCUACGUAGACCCGGAUUACCACUUAUGCUAUCAACUCUCAAACAAAAGCGACGUGUACAGCUUUGCGGUUGUGUUAGUGGAGCUUAUCUCUUCGCUUCCAGCAGUCGACAUCACAAGACCGCGCCACCAGAUCAACCUCUCAAACAUGGCAGUUGUUAAAAUCCAGAACCACGAGCUCCGCGACAUGGUGGAUCCAUCACUCGGGUUUGAUACGGAUACAAGAGUGAGACAGACGGUGAUCGCCGUCGCUGAGCUGGCAUUCCAAUGCUUACAGUCGGAUAAAGAUCUUAGGCCAUGUAUGUCACACGUGCAGGAUACGUUGACGAGGAUACAGAACAAUGGGUUUGGUUCGGAAAUGGAUGUUGUAGAUGUGAACAAGAGUGGACCGUUGGUUGCACAGUCUCCUGAUAGUGUCAUUGUGAAAUGGGACAACAGUAGUAACAAUUUCUCCUCAACUUCAAGUUUCCUCCAUAGUGAUCACAACAUCGCUGAUGAGACCAAGAAGAGAAAAGCUUUGUUACAUACUUUGUCUUCAUCAGAGAAUAGCGGCGUAUCUGAUAGUACGAAUGUUAUUACCACUGAAACCGGUUCUAUGAGAAGAGGUAAGAGGUUGAAGAAGAAGAAGGAAGUAGAAGACGAGAAAGAGAGAGAAGUUGUUCAUGUGAGAGCCAGAAGAGGCCAAGCCACUGAUAGCCACAGCUUAGCAGAACGGGUUCGGCGAGGGAAAAUAAACGAGAGAUUGAGAUGCUUGCAAGAUAUGGUUCCCGGAUGUUAUAAGGCUAUGGGAAUGGCUACGAUGCUUGACGAGAUAAUUAAUUAUGUCCAGUCUCUACAGAAUCAAGUCGAGUUCCUCUCGAUGAAACUCACUGCAGCAAGUUCGUUUUAUGACUUUAACUCAGAGACCGAUGCAGUUGAUUCCAUGCAGAGAGCAAAGGCACGUGAGACAGUGGAGAUGGGGAGACAAACAAGAGAUGGGAGUCCUGUCUUCCAUUUAUCAACAUGGUCCCUUUGACUUUUGUUUUCUCUUUUCUCUUUUCUCUUUUUCUUCUUUUUUUAUUUGUUUUCGAAAUUAUUCUUAUAUUUAUUUGGAUGCGAUAUGUCAUAUAUACGACCCAACUUGGGAUAGUAUUUGUAAUCUGUAUACUUGUAAUUUCGACGUUAUAAACUUGUUGGUGGCUUAUAUUGGCUAUUGUCAUGUAAAUAUCUCAGUUGUCCUCUUCCUUUUCGUAUUGUUACUUUGUUGUUUGGCACCUUCUGUUUUUUUCUUUCGCUUAUGUAAGUGUCCCUUAUAAGUUAUGAAAUCAGAAAUUUAACACCAAAUAAAGAAAAUGUUUUUUU